ACAGCGAAAAAAUCGGUUUCUAAUUUUUUUAACUAUGGCGCACCUCUCCAAAAAAUCUGAAAAAAUUGAGGAUCAUAGUAUCAAUAAUAUACACUUAUAAAAAAAAUAUGAUCGUAGGACUUCAGCUCCUUCAAUAUAAAAUCGCCAUUUUUCAGCAUUUUUUGACGUUUUUGAUUUUUCACGGCUUCAGUUUUCAAUCUAAAAAUCUGAAAAAAUUCUGUAAUAUGUGCCUCACAAAUAGAAAUGUCUCAGAUUUUUUUCAGAAUUUUUGAAUAUCAUUAAAUGGGAGAAAUUCGCCAAAAACCUCGCAAUUACAUUUUUAUCCGUAACUACCCUCCCAGAUGAGAUACAGGGUUGAAACUUGGCUCAGACUGGUUUUCUUUGAUCACCUAUCGAAUGGUUCAUAGCAAGUCGAAUUUGGUUUGGGGGCACUUUUGACCAUCUUAUCCGGCUAUACCCUUUGUAUUUGAAUAGCCGCGAAUUCAGGUAGGUAUAAUACAAUGUUUUCGUUCUAAUGAAAUGUAUUCACUUUUAUUUGAAUUGAAAACUGGCGUCACAAUGACCUGGAAAAGAGCGCGGUAUACCCUGGUUUCAGGUAGGUGAGUUGUCCGUUCAGCUAUUAUGGUCAAUUGUCUAUACCGCUGGUCUGAAAGCAAUACCAGCAGACCUCGUAUACGACUAAAUGACCCUAUUUAUACUUCAAGAACUAUAUUAGUAACCACUCUUGGCCGUUCAAUUUUUCAAAUUUUUUUUUGAUAUUUUUCAUAGUUAACCCUCGUGUGUAUAACCAGGUACCUGCAGGUACUCAUUUCUGUAUUUUCACUUCUCCUACAAAUUUGAUGUUCAAACUUCGCUCGUUCGACAUAGGGAAUAUUUCAUAUAAAUAUAUUACACGAAAUAUUUUACUUGAAUAUGUUACAAGAAAUAUGAAUAUUGUAUGUAAUAAAAAUACUGCACGGAUGUGAAGAAACUGAAAACCGUAGUCGUUAUGUGAUUGAGAAGCUGCGUUAUUCGGAACGGAUUGCCUCCGAUACUCAUCAUACAUCUUUAUUUAUUCAAAGAAAUAUUAAGAGAAAGAUUUCAUUUGGAGGAAUAUUUAAGGAGGGAAAACGCAGAGGCGUCCAAGGAGGAUGAAACAGACGUAUUUUGUGUUAAAAUUACAAAAUACUUGUCAGUUAGUAAAUGCAACAGUAGUGUCUGGUGUACGUCAUAACAUUAUGAAAUAAAUAAAUACAUAUUUAUAAGAAUGACCCUAAUACAAUUUUCAAACAUUUGGGACUGUAGCUGAAGAAAUAUACAAUAUUUAACCAAUUGGCUUAGCCUCUUAAGAUAGAGAAAAGCAGGAUUCGCUAUGCUUAUCCGGCUAGACCCUUUUGGACGAUGUUUUGAGGCAGGUCAUAUGCGUUCUGUCAGCACGUUUCCCCUUCUUAAAGAAAGGUCCUCCAAGUCGGGGUGUUAUAAAAAGGACGGUCACUACAAGUCAAGGUCAGUUUCCUGCGAGUUGUUGAAGUGUGUAUUUCGCCUUGUGUCCAAUAUUACCUACUUUCAGUUUGUUGGAUUUUCAUUAUUGAAAAAGUGCUUAAGUAAGUAAAGUGAUUAUUAUUUCGUUGUUAUUAUUUUUUAAUAUAUUUUCAUUACUUUUUCAAACUAAAUUAUAGUUUUCUUACAGUUUGUUGUUUUACGGCUUUCCUAUUACCUACUCUGUGCUGUACAUUUUGCACGUGGACGCAGUAAUAUACAAGAGGUAAUAUACAAAAAUAUCAUCGUCACUUUGUAGUUUCGACACUAUUAACACCUUUCUUUCAAUCUCUUGCUUAGUUAGUUCAUAUCAACCUAAGAAUGUCAGGAAAAGUUAAACUCAAUAAAUAUUACAUGCGAGCAAACAGAGCUCUGCUCACUUUAUAUAGUCGUUCACAUCAAGAAACCUCUACAGCAUCCACAGUAAGCUUAGGAAAUCAGGAUACACAUAAUUUUGUAGAGAACCCUUCUUUUUCCGAAAAUGAUUUUGCGUCUGUUGAUUGUCCUACUGAUUUUCAAAACGAAAUUUUCGAACAAACAAUCCGCUCCGAAGAAAGUACCGCGUUUAAUAACUAUAAUACACUUGCCUCAGAAGAAACAUUAGAUGAUAGUUUUCAAUAUUCGUUAGUAGAGUGGAUUUUACAAUAUUACAUUCCUCAUUCCGCGGUAAAUGAUUUACUUUCCAUUUUAAAAAAACCAGUUCCACAAAAUUUACCUUCAGAUGCCAGGACACUAUUAAAAACUACAAGAAAAAUAAAUCCAACGUCUGUUGAACCGGGACAGUAUUAUCAUUUCGGAAUGAAAUAUGUCUUCUAUUAUUAACAAUAUAAUUCAAAUUAAUAUUAAUAUUGACGAAUUGCCAUUACAUAUGUAAAAGUUCAAGUAGUCAAGUUUAUCCGAUUUUAUGUAGCGUUGCAGGGCAUAAAAAUGUAGUAGAUAUGAUUGGUAUUUAUCAUGGUUAUGAGAAAUCCAAAAAUAUAAAUAGUUUUUUAAAUGAUUUUGUGCAGGAGGCAAUAGAUGUCAUUAAUAACGGAUUCUUAAUAAAUGGAAAAUUACAUCGUUUAAAAAUUAAAUCUUUUAUAUGUGAUGCCCCUGCUAAAGCCUCUAUUAAAUGCGUGAAAGGGCAUAUAGGCUAUUUUUCUUGCACCAAGUGUCAAUCUGAAGGAGAAUUCAUAGAAAAUAGAAUAUGUUUCCCUGAUGUGACGAACAUUCGCUUAAGAACCGACUCUGAAUUUAGAUUAAAAUUGCAAGAAGAACAUCAUACGGGUUCAUUAAUUUUGGAACACAUUCCGGGGAUCGACAUGAUAGAUAGCUUUCCGUUAGAUUAUAUGCACCUUGUUUGUCUGGGCGUAACAAAGAAAUUGCUGGUUAAUUUGUGGUGCUGUGGCAAACCUUCAACCAAAAUUUCCAAUGCCAAAGUAUCAAACAUAUCUGACACCUUGAUUGAACUCCGGAAAUGUAUUCCCGUAGAAUUUAAUAGAAAACCUCGUUCUCUGUAUGAAGUGAAAAGGUGAAAAGCGACAGAAUUUCGACAAUUUUUAUUUUACACUGGUCCAUUUCUUUCGCUGCACGUAGGAUUAACUAUAUUAACAAAUCCUAGGUAUUUCGAACAUAUCGAUUACGCGUCACAAUUAUUGGAACAUUUUAUUACAACAGUUAAAGUACUAUAUGGAUCUGAACAUGUAUCUCACAAUAUUCACAAUUUGUUGCACAUCGCAGAAGAUGUUAAGAGACAUGGACCAGUUGAUGAGUUUAGCAGAUUUCCGUUUUAAAAUUUUUUACAGAGUAUAUUAAAAUCCAUUAGGAAAAAAGAUAAACCUUUGCAACAAAUAGUUAAAAGACAUUUAGAAAAAUGUAAUCUCCUUAACACAAAAAUAAGUGAAAACAUAGAAUACCCAAUUUUUAAAAAUCAGCAUUAAUAGAAAAUAUUUCAGUCUCAAAGCAAUUUGAAACGGUUGUAUUUAACAAUUUUAUUUUAAAAACUACCGAUCCUAACAACUACUGCAGUUUUCGCGACGGUAGUAUCAUUCUUAUGCAAAAUGCAAUUGAAGUAAAUAACGAAUAUAAAUUAAUAGGUCGAAAAUUUUUAACUGCUACAGAUUUUUAUACACAACCAUUUAAGUCGUCAAUGUUCGGUAUUUUUUUAGUAGAGCCACAUUUAGGACCUUCUGAAAUAUUCUACUUCAGAGAUAUUAAUUAUAAAUGUGUCAAGUUACAACAUGCAGAAAAAUUUGUCAUUUUCCCCUUGCUUCAUUCCAAUCGAUAAUUCUCUGUCUAUUUGUAUUUAUCUAUAUUCACAACUUAAAAUUGCCUUUUUUGUUUACCUCUAUCAUUUUAGUUCAUCUUUUAAUUUAUCAUUUAGUAGUUAUUAGUACUCUUAGCAUGAAAACGUUAUCUCGCCUAAAAUUUUUUAGGAACACAGAACA